UAUAACUAAUACUGUAAUAGCCUAGGUGAUGACACCAAACUGCCAAAUGGGAUUUACAUUGGAUCUGCUAUAAUGUUGAUACAACUGUUCAAUAAUAAUUAUGGAAUUGUUUCAUAUGUCUGUAUGUAUGAAAUUCAGUAAUGAUUUAUAUUAAUUUUUUUAUUUAUAUAUAAAAAAGGGAGAUAGGUCGUCUACUUAAAAUAAGUACUGAAGUAAUAUUUUAAAGAUAUACAAAAAAAUAUAUAUAAAUAAGUACCGGUAGUCUAGUAUAUUUAUAAAUAUAUAAAAAGUAUAAAUACACGAAAGUAUAUUUUUCAAUAUAUACAAAUGUAUAUUUUUCAAUAUACAAAAGUAUUUUUUUCGAUAGAAAUUGGAAUAUCGGAAUGCUGUUAACUUGCUAGCCGAGUUAUUUUAGUUUGAAUUAUUAUAUCUUUGUAUUUUGCUGAUGGGUGCUAUUACCUUGAAAACAUACUACUUUGCCUUAGUUUGGACAAAUCGAUCGAUCGAAUCUUGUUGAUUUAUACUGAGGUACUGAUUGCUCUAUAACUUAUUGAUUGUUAUUUGUUGGUAAAUUUAUCACUCCCUAUUGCAGGGAGAAAGAGAUUUAUUUUUUCGUCAAUCAAAAUGAAAUGACAGUCAUCGUAAUAAUAACAAGUAAUAAAUUAGUUUGGUAUUUCAGUAUUUUAUGCCUUUCACUUACUUUAAUUAUGUCAACUAGGGCUGAAAGCAUUGUAUUAUUGUACGACUAAGCUAAAAGUGUGUGUUUCACAUGUGUUGUUAAAUAUUGUUAAAAAGUUUAUUUUAUCUUUUCCACAUUUCAUUUUCGAAGUUUUGCUCGCUGGUAUAAGUUUAAAUUUAUUUAAUAUUUAUUUUUCUUUAUUAUUAGCAAUCAUAACUUUAGUUAAUUGCUAACCUCCUUGAAUAUAGGAAAGCUGUAACGGCAUCACUGGAAAAAGUAACAGGUGAUUUGUGGAGCAGAGAUGUUACCAAUAUAUAUCCGAAUAUGUUCCAUCUUUCUAUUACAUUUCUGUGAAGGUGCUAUAGAGCCAAAAAUUCUUCUCCCAUUUCAUGGUGAUUACCAGGUCAAUUAUACAAUACAUGCUGAAGAUGGUUGCUAUCAAUGGAAAUCUCUGCGACAAGAAGUUGCCACCAUCAGACCUAUCGAAAGUGCUUUUGAUCCAGUCAAUAUGUGCUCUUCAUCUGCUAUUGUAAUUGUCAUGAGUACGCAGCCAGUUCGAAAGACUACUCUAGUUCUUGCCACCAAUGUAAAAACUGGAACUAUAUUUUCAUGUGAUAUUAUCGUAGAUAGAAUCGAAACUAUAGAUAUUGUGUCCAGAACUCGUGAACUUUAUUUGGCCGACCCACCAGAAGAAUUGAAGAUUAGAGCUUUGGAUCAAGAAGGAAAUACCUUUAGCAGUACAGCUGGUAUGGAAUUUGAGUGGAGUCUAGCACAAGAUGAAAAAUACCACAAAGGAUCUGAUGGUGAAAUGCAUCACCCGCCUGUGUCAUCCCACAGUAUCCUUCACAUUCAGAAAUUCCUUGAUACAAUAUAUGUUGCAGAUCCAUAUGUGGACUCGCUUGAAGUUAAAGGUAAAAUGUCAGAUACAAUUUUGAUAUCUGGUAUUCAAACAGGGGCAGCUGUUGUUGUGGCUAAGUUGGUGAGCACAAUAGAAUGUCACAAAGCGAUUUCAACGUGUAGUGUCAGGUUCAUUGUCAGGGAUAAAGUUCUUUUGAAUCCUUCUCAUGAUAUAUACUUGUUAAAACAUGCUGUUGUGGAAUACAAAGUUGAGCGAUGGAGAGAAGGAAUACCUUCCCAGAUUACUAUGCCUUGUCCACAAUAUGUGUUGGAUGUUCGUGACAUCACUGGAACCCCUGGAUCUGUGAUCCACCUCAACAAGGAGACCUCUGUUGUGGUGGGUUUGAAUGGGGGACACAGUCAGUUGUAUUUGGUUGACCAACACCUGAAACACUAUGACGAUUCACUUAUGGAACAGGCAACCUCGGAUAUAUAUGUUGUAGAAGCUGCAUAUUUAAGAUUUGAAAUCUCGCCAUAUCAGAAAUGGAUUUUGGAAGUUGGUAGAAUAUAUGAAAUAACAGUUCAUAUUUAUAGUGAAGAUAAUAAGGAAAUAUGGCCAGCUAAUAAUGUUCGUUUAGUUGGUGAACUGGAUAAUAAAUAUCUCAACGUACUUGAAACAGUAAAAAAUGGAACUUGGUUUCUUGUGAAAGCUCUAACAAAAGGAAAUUGUGACAUAAAGUCACUUUUGAAAGGUGUUGUCAACGUUGGAUCUAUGAUUAUGCAAGCUGGUAUUUUUAGUAAAGGUAGUGAGAACAUGGAGAUUUUUGAUUCUCCGAUUUCCACUUUUCAAAAUUUGGAAAUUUUUGAUAAAAUUGUUGUAACUCCUCCUGCUGUACUCUUCCCAUGGCAGCCAGAUCCUCUUUUGUAUCAAUAUACAUUUCAAGCAUCUGGUGGGAGCGGAAAUUAUACCUGGUCUGUAAAUGAAACUGAAUCAUCUAGUAUUUCAUACACAGGUAAAGUUAGUGUUUCUAGUGGAUCUGAUGAAAAGCAUCAUCCAAGAAAAAUAGCAGUAAAAGCAGCUGAUAUACGCAAUUCCUUUCAUUUUGGUACAGCUACUGUCACUAUAGCCCCUCCUGCAAAACUGAAAUUUGCCAUAUCUUACCUUGAGGCUGAAGUUGGAGAUGAGUUGAAUCUGUAUAUCUCAAUGUAUGCUAAGAUUAACAAUGAAUAUGUAGCCUUUACUGAUUGCUCUAUCAUGAAAAGUCUUGUGUGGACUAUACAUGAUACCAACAUUUUUAAAUUUGCAAAGAAUACUGAGCAAGUGCCAGAUGAAUUUUUAGAUCCAGUUCCACAGACACCACCAUGCUUGAUGCGCAAAGUAAAGUCUUUGAAGAGUGGACAUACCACUGUAUCACUGUCCUAUCACAAUAAACUUCUAGAGGAAACUCUGGAAUCUUCUACAGUUAUUGCUGCAUAUGAACCACUUAGAAUACUAGAUCCUUCACAGAUAGCUGUUGUAUCAUUAGCUUCUUCCAAAAUGAUGCGUUUUGAAGGUGGACCAGACCCAUGGCCAUUGCUUCCGAACAAUCAUGAGAAAAUUAUAAGGGGAGACAAUGCAAAUUUCAACUUUCAUCAACAACUUUCAGGCAAAGAAUACAUUUUCAUUGGAACUUGCAUGGUUUUGGGUGAAACAACUGUAGCUUUAAAUAUUCAGAAUAGGCCAUGUGGAACAAAUCCUUUUCCAAGAAAAGCUCAAAUCACAUUGAAGCUUUCUUGUGCCACUCCUGCUUCAGUAAAACUUGCUGUACAAAAUCUUCCUCCAUCCUGCCCGUUAUUUCAAAAUCAAAAUGAACAUUCUGUUGCUCUUGCUGGUGAUAUUUUGCAUCUCACAGUGACCGCUUUUGAUAAAUUUGGUUAUCAAUUUGAUAAUUUUACCUCAUUAUCCAAGCGUUGGAUAUCGUCUUCAUUUUCAAUGGUUUCUGCGAGUACUACAAAGUCGCAAUUUGUGCCUAAUUCUGAUGGACAAACGAAGCACUUCAUACGCCAAGGCCUGUUGAUGCCUAGAGAUGUGGGAGAAAAGGCAUUGCAAUUACACAUUGACAGGUAUGAAGAUUUUGUAAAAAGAGACAUAUGCUCCAAGUAUGACUGCAAAGUCAGUCCAUCUGUUCAAGCAUCUGUGGCAUUAGAUAUAGUAAAUGUUAUAACAUUAUCCCCACAGUCUAUUGUGAUGUUUAAUAGACCAAAUUUCAGUUCGUCAAUUGAGAUUAUUGGAGGAUCGGGAUAUUUUGAUCACGAAAUUAAAACUGAAUCAAAUUUUGGAAUAGCCAAGGAUGUUGUUUUAACAGUUCAUAAACUUCCCUCAGACCGCAAAGUUAUACUCAAUCCAGUUUCCGCAGGGCAUGCAUCUUUGGAAAUUUUUGAUAUUUGCAUUCCAAAGGCAACGAAAACGGAAGGAGCGAAAUCUAGAGCUGGUAUAGUGGUAUCGGAUUUGUCAUCUCUUUUCCUCGAGGUCUCUAGCCCUCUUGAGGUGGGAACAACUGGGAAAGCAACAAUUCGCCUUGAUAUGAGAGAACUUUCCGCUCCAAAUGAAUUGGAUUUGAGCAUAAAUUUGAUGUCUGAACCACCUGGUAUCAUUUCACUUGGAGAACCAAACAGGCAUGAUGACUUGAUAUUUCUUGCUGAUUUGACUGCACUCAAAGUAGGCACAACUACGAUAAGGGCCUCAACAACAUCCAGAGACGGUAAAUUAAUAUCCAGUAACUCUGUUAGAAUUGUUGUAUUUCCACCACUGGAAUUAAAACCAUCAAGAAUCACUGUGAUUAGAGGUUCUGAAUUUCAUCUAUAUGUGGAGGGUGGUCCACCAGAAGAUGUACAAAUUCAUUAUGUUGUAGAAGAUGAAGGUAUAGCAAGUUCUUCACAUGAUGGCGUUUUGUCAGCCCAUCAGAUAGGUAAUACAACAGUAAGUGUGAAAGCCACGACAAAAGAUGGUCAAGUUUUUCAUGGAAAAUCAAAGUCUUUUGUUUUUGUUGUUCAAAUAAAAGGUGUAUGGAUUGAUAGUCCAACUUUCCGCUUUCAAACUGGAGCAACAGUACCUCUCCAUGUUUAUGGUUAUGCUGGACCUGGAUAUGACCCAGUAAAUUUAGAUAGUGAUGCGGCAGGACUUGUCUUUAAAUGGAAAGUAAAUAAUCAUGCUGUCUUGGAUUUAAAAUCUGCUCAUGCUGAAGCCGGCAUAGAAAUUCCUGAUAGACUCAAAUUUACAGUGCUGAUAAAUGGGAUAGGAGAAGGCCAGAGUGGAAUAUCUGUUUCAGUAUCAGCAACUCGAAUAAACCUUGGACAAUUGGCAAAUGCACAGUUGGACGCUGAGAUUAAAGUAGUGGUGUUCAAUCCACUGAUAAUAUCACAGGAAAAAUUGUGGCUUUCCCAAAAUAAUCUUUUACUAACACCAGAAACUUCAUAUUAUCUUUUGUCGAAUCGAGAUGGACUAGUUUCUAGAAUGAAUUACAUGAAACUAUGUGAGGAAUGCAAUCUCAAUAUCAGCGGUAAUAACGAUGAUGAUUGUGUAACUGUGAAUAAUGAACUAAGGAGCAUCACUACAGGAAAAAGUCCUUGCCAAGCAACCAUUGUUGUUUCGGCAGAAGAGCGCUUCGGCAUUACACAGACUUUGGCAAUUCAUGUUAAGGUAAAAUUAGUCUCUUAUAUUAUUGCACAGGUAAAAGAAAAAUUCUACACCAAAAACUCUGAUGAUCGUCUUACUGGUUUUCCUGUAGGGUCAUUAUUAUCUUUAGAAGUUCAGCAAUUUGAUAGUAAUGGAAUGAAGUUUGAUACUACAGUUCUAUGUGAUAAAUUUGGUACAAAUAGGAAUGAUCUUCUUGAAAUAACACCUAGCCCAGCAACAAACAUCCUCAAGGUAAAAUGUUCAAAAACAGGAGUUACAAUUUUCAAAAUAUGGACUGGAAGUGAAUAUGCAUAUAGUUUCCCUUUGAAUGCUGUGUCAACUAUAAAUAAUGAAGGUAGCAACAUGUUGAUGGAAAUUGGUUCGAAGAAGUGCUUCAACAGUGCAAUUGUCGAUGAAGAUGGUAAUCCGGGAAAGUGGGAAAUAAAACACAAUGGCUUCAAGGUGGAUAAUGUUUCUGGAGCCGUUAUGUCAUUUUCUCGAGCCACUGCUGAUCUUAAAUAUUUCCUGGACCCAGUUUCAACAAAGGUUGCUUUGUCUUCAAAACCUUUUUCUGCCAACUUUGAUGAAAAUGUGCUUCCUGAAAUCAUUACUAAUGCUAAGUCUAAAUAUAUUCUGCCGAUUAAGUUAGGGGAUACAAGUGAUAUUUGUGAUGGUUUAGAAGAAGAAAUGAACAAAUUUGCACAAAAUACAUUUGUAUGUAAAAGUUUUCUAGUCAAUACUAUAGAUGCUGUCACUGUAUUCAAACCGUCAACAUUAUACAUCCCAGAAAUUGGUUCCUAUGCAUGUGUGCUUGAUAGAAUAGAUCUUGCCACCAGUUUAGAAGAGAAGGUAUCAUUAUUUGAAGAUGCCAGUUUCACAAUCACAUUAUCCAUCAAUAGUGAUGAGGCAGAUCGUGGAAUUUCAUUUCAAAACCCGGUCAGCGUCAGAUUCUUACCAGCAUUCAAACUUCUGAACUCAUCACAAGUUGUCAUGAGAGAUGAAAAACUAAGACUGUGCAUAUCUGCAAUACAAACGAUUCGCGAAAGCUUGGAAAUCAAUACAGAAUCUCGAAAUCUUGAGAUACAUGAAGUUCCAGACACAGAAAUCCAUGGGGUUGCUUGUUACGAAGUAUCAUAUAUUCCACAACAACAGUUCAAUCAAGAUCAUGUUUUAAAGAUCUUCUCACCACUUACCCAUCAAGAACAACUAGUGUCAAUUGCAAUUCAUUGGCUGCCUAAACUCCCAUCACAAACAACUUCUGUUAGCAGUGGAGUGUGCGUUGACCCUGAUUCAGCCAGGGAGUCAUGGCUUAUGUACCAAUAUUCCUUUAGUUACUUAGGAUUGCUUAUAGCAUUGUUAGUAAUAUUUAUCACAACUGUAGCAAUUUUUCUCACUUGUGGAUUUUUCAAAUGGGCAUUCUCGCCUCCAAUGACAACACAAGACAAUUCUUCACCUGUUAUGGUGAGCCCACAGAGACUAUCCACAGGUAUGGUACCUUAUUCACCAAGUGGGUCAUAUUUAUUUCCACGCUCCAGUCCAGUGCAACGUGGUUCACCAUCCUCUCAUUCCAAUUCCCCUUCUCCAGGGAGGACUCCGUUGUGGAGUUCCAGUUAUCGAUUACAAGAUGCUUCGUUACAUCAGCGAUGAAUGGAAUCAUUCAUUAAAAAAUGAGUAAUGUGCUAUCAAAAUAACUGCUAUCCAAACUGAAUUUGCACAGUAAAAUUGUUGGAACAUUGUAUGUCUGGAUUAACUGCGAAAAAGUAAAAAUUCCAACUUUAUUAGAAAUGAAUUAUAAAUAAAAUGAGCUUUAGCUAUACUUUGACUGUGAGGGGCAUUCAAAGGAUAAAAUAUCAAUGGAAUUGGAAAUGGGUAACUUGUGAGUGUUCACUGUUAACGUUCGUCAACUCAGACACUGAUUUAUGAAUUUUGAAUAGAUCAUAAUUAUGAUGAUGGAUUUGCCAUUGCCUUUUGAAUUGUCAACACAUCCCAUUUUGUAUAAGGUGGAAAU